GGCUGGUGUGUGGCUGCCACACACCCCACGGACCGGUACCUCUUGACCCAGGCAGGUCCACAGCACAUACAGCUACAGAAAAGGAAGAAGCUUUUGGCUCCAAAAUGAUAUCCGGACGUACAAAGACAAGACUCAACAAUGCUUGCCCAUGUGCCAAAGAGCUAUCCCUGAAGGAAGAGAAAGAGGAGAAGGAGGAGAAGGAGGGGGAGGCAGAGGACUACUGCACUCCUGGAGCCUUCGAGCUGGAGCAGCUCUUCUGGAAGGGUAGUCCCCAAUACACCCAUGUCAACGAAGUCUGGCCCAGGCUCUACAUCGGAGAUGAGGUGACCGCGCUGGACCGCUACGGGCUGCAGAAGGCGGGCUUCACGCACGUGCUGAACGCGGCCCAUGGCCGCUGGAACGUGGACACCGGGCCUGACUUCUACAACGACUUGGCCAUCCAGUACUUCGGCGUCGAGGCUGAUGACGUGCCUACCUUCGACCUCAGCAUCUUCUUUUACACAGCUGCCUCGUUUAUCGAUGCUGCUCUCCGCGGUGACCAGAAUAAGAUCCUGGUUCACUGUGCCAUGGGCCGCAGCAGGUCAGCGACCCUGGUCUUGGCCUACUUGAUGAUCUACAAGAACAUGACCCUGGUGGAUGCCAUCCAACAAGUGGCCAAGAAUCGCUGUGUCCUACCAAACAGGGGCUUUCUGAAGCAGCUCCGAGAGCUGGACCAGCAGCUUGUGGAGGAGAGGCGACAGACCCAGCUGGAGGACAGCAAGCUGAAGCUGCUGUCCUGUCCUUGUGGGGCUGAGUGGAGCUGAGGAUAGCAGAAGCAGAGAAUAAAUGUUGGAGGUCUGGAUGCUUCCUGUGAAGGAACAAAUUUUUUGGAGGAACAAAGUUUUGCAGUAUUGU